UUUCAUAAUAAACUAACUCACUUCUAAAAGAUGUCUAAAUUGUAUGUACAAUUUUCUUUGUUUGCAGGCGUAUUGAAGGACGAAUACGAAUUAGAAACUAGAUCAGUUUUAAGUAACACCAUCAACAAAACCGUCGAAUCCAUCAGAGUAAAACUUUCUGAGUACGACCCUAUCUCCCUCACGGACAAGUCCAUCUCCUUAUUAACAUUGGGUAACUUCAGUGUCAAAAAACUCCAGGCCAGUGGAUUCUCUAACUUUGCCAUUAAAUCGUUGUCAGCAAAUGUUCUGUCAGGUAGUGUGAAAGGUACUUUCAACUUACCUCAUUUCUCUGCCGUUGUAGAGUCUGCUGCUGUUUCCAGCAAAAUUCCUAAAGUAGAUGCUGAAGUUUCAUCUUUGACUGUUGACCUAGUUGGAACCACUGUCCAAUUUAGUCUUAAAUACUCAGUGUUAGCCCCCCACUUAAGCUACCUUUGGGUAUUGCCACAAAUUAAAGGACUCAACUUGGAACUUAAAGGAAACUUGAAUGGCCAAGAUUCCGAAAUUACAAUUGAUACGGAUGAAAUGGUCGAAAAUUUAAACAAGUUGAUAGAUGAAUACCAGACUAAAAUCAGUAAUACAUUAAAAGACGCCAUUAAUUACUUAUUAGGACUGCGUGACUCCUCCUCCUCUAUCUUUUCUUUACACUGAUAGAAUAAUUCCUUCCAUUCGUUUCAGAUGUCACAAACAUGAAAUUCGAUAAUUUUGUAUAAGUAAUUGUUACUAUUUCGUCUUUUUGUAAUAUGUAAAACUACUUAUAGCCAAUAAAUAUUUGUGACAAUCUACA